AUGUCUCCCAGCCACCACGACCACGCUCGAUCACGUAUACCGCCUCAUGUGCCUCGUCGACCGAAGCAAUCGCGCACCGUGUCCGGCGCCGUCACUCUUCUCGCCCUCGCCGCCUCUGUGCCUGGGACAAUGGCCCAGGCGAACUGCGUUUCGCUGCAGGGUUCUUCGACAUGUCCGGCUUUCAGUGCGGCAUCGAUCAGCACAAACUUGACAGGCGACUUUUCCUUCUUGUCCUUCGUGUCAAACGUACAGUCGUUCGAUAGCCAGUUGCGGUCGUACAUCUCAACUACCUACACACAACGACAAUAUCAGAAUAUUCUAGGAUGCUCGAGUCUUGAUCUCAGUAACACCACCGACCUGUACGCGCGCUACACGACCACCGUACUCUGUAACGCUAUAGUACAGAGUUCCAAAGAGCCAUGUGGUCUGAGUGACGCUGCUUCGACACCACUCUGUGCGAGUGCUUGCGCGGACUUCGCGAUCAGUGAGCAGGAGGUAGUGUCCACCCCCGAGCUAUGUGGAACUCCCGGUAGCAACGCAAUCUCACAAAUUCGAGCCGACUUCACACGCUGCUCAUUACCGGCCAAUUCACUCAGUGGAAGCUGUAUUGAUGCAGCGCGCAAUGAGGCUUCUGAAUGCGGCUACAGCUCGAAUUUGCAAGGCUUGUGCUCUUACUGCGCUGACAGCACGGUCAACUCGACCAGCUCAUGCUGUGUGAACUCCGGGGUCGAGCGACGUUGUGUGGGCGUCGAACUACCGACGACGGUGUCGAUGUCGCCGCUGUUCCCCAGCAGCACUUCGUCAUCAUCGCCUACUGCCUCGAACGGAGCGGCUGCAAGUGGAUCUGGUACUGGUAUCUCUGGAGGUGCUAUCGCUGGCAUUGUCAUUGGUGCAGUCGUAGGAGCUCUGUUGAUCCUUGCAGCCAUCGUCUUCGUCUGCAUGCGCCUGCGCAAGAGGAGGGACAGCCAGGCUGGCAGCAUCCUGAACACGCCCUCUCCAUCACGACACUCUGCGAAAGCACCUCCCAUGAGCUAUGGAGGCGAUGGUCAGCUCCCGCCCGCGAUUGUACCUGGUGCUCGUGUGCAACGCAUGUCUGCAUUGGAAGACUCGGCACCGUCAAACCGCCACAGCGACAGAGAUCUGGCUAUGACGGCGUUCGGCAGCUCUCCGAGUGUCUACGAUUCGCCAGAUUCAAGACACCACCACUUCGCUGGCGCCGCUGCUUUUCCAAAACGUCAAGGAUCUCUCUCCAGUCGCUCGGCCCUCGAGUCAAAUUCCAACUCACCCCUGUCGGGAUCGGAUGGACGAAACUUUUCGAGCCCCGAUGGUGUUGCCUCUGGCCAGUCGGAACAAUUGCAGUUCUUCAAAGACUACUAUUCGCAGGAUGACAUUCACCCCAACGACACUGUUGCCACUCUUUGGGCCUACCAACCACGCGCCGGCGAUGAGUUCGAGCUUGAGCGAGGAGACAUGCUCAAGGUUGUCGGCAUCUGGGACGAUGGUUGGGCGACCGGAGUCAGGCUAUCCGAGUCAGCUGAACAGUGGGAGGCAAGAAAGUCUGAACAGCGCGACUCAGGGGUCAGUAACGGCAGCCAACGUUCGCACGCCGAGAUCGACAGCGACAUCAAAGCCUUUCCUCUGGUCUGCGUAUGCUUGCCUCAGCACUGGCGCAAGACCAUAGAAGGAGACAGCACAGAUAGUGGACAUGGACCUGGAGGUGACAGAUGA